UCUCGACCCGCGCCAUGACUGCUGCAUCGUCGUCGUCCACAGCGUCCACGUCGGCGCCGUCGCCUACGCUGGCGCUGCUGGCGUCGCCCGCCUGCGAGCUCAUCUCGCAGGGCGCCGAGGCGCGCGUCUACCUCUACCGGCCUGCGGCGGCCAGCGUCUUCCCGAGCUCUGCGCCCGCACCGGCGGCGCCGGCGCCGCUCGUGCUCAAGCACCGCUUCCCCAAGACGUACCGGCACAGCUCGCUGUCCACGCAGCUGACAGCGCAGCGCACCACGCUCGAGGCGCGCACGCUGGUGCGCUGUGCGCGCGAGGGCGUCAAUGUGCCCGGCUUGCGCUUCGUCGACGAGCGCGAAGGCGUGCUGGGCAUGGCCUGGGUCGACGGCAAGAGCAUCAGACAAUGCCUUGGCGGCGGCGCAGAGGGCGAGGAGAUGUGGGAGGAGGCGGAGGAGGGUGAGGAGACGGGUCUGGAGGCGCCCGAGAUGAGUGAUGAGCAGCAAGUGGGCUUGAUGCGGUUGGUCGGGCAACAGCUGGCGACGAUGCAUGCAGCAGACGUGAUCCACGGCGACCUGACGACCAGCAACAUGAUGCAUCGAUGUUCCGAUGGCUUCGACGAGGUAGUGCUCAUCGACUUUGGCCUCACAUCUGCGAGCACAGUGGCCGAGGACAAGGCCGUCGACCUCUACGUGCUGGAGCGCGCCUUUGCCUCGACACAUCCGGCGUCGGAGCACCUCUUUGCCGAGGUGCUCAAGAGCUACGCAGAAGUGGCGAGCAAGAAGCAGAAGGGCAGGGCGGCAUUCUGGAAGGAGGUGGAGCGGAAACUGAGCGAAGUGCGGCUGAGAGGCCGGAAACGCUCGAUGGUGGGGUGAAAGUGCAAAAGAGGU